CAGCUCCCUAAGCCCAGAGCGGGCGUUCCUCCGGCGGGAGGGGGCCAGAGGGGAGAUGUCGCAACCACCGCCCUCCUCUUUCCCCGCCUUGGCACUCUGUCACCUCCCAGAGGAGCGCGCUGGCACACCGGUGCUGGCGGCCCUGCGCCCGGCAUGUUCCCCGAGUGCGCGCGGACGGCGGCGAGCACCGGCCCCCCGCGCAGCCCGGAGCAAGCCAACCGCACGCGUUUUCCUUUCUUCUCCGACGUCAAGAGCGACCACCGGCUGCUGCUGAGCGCCGUGGAGACCACUGUGCUGGCGCUCAUCUUGGCGGUGUCCCUGCUGGGCAACGCGUGCUCCCUGGUGCUGGUGGCGCGAAGACGGCCUCGCGGCGGCACCGCUAGCCUAGUGCUUAACCUUUUCUGCGCGGACCUGGUCUUCACCAGUGCCAUCCCGCUGGUGUUAGUCGUGCGCUGGACCGAGGCCUGGCUGCUGGGCCGCGUCGUCUGCCACCUGCUCUUCUACGUGAUGACCCUGAGCGGCAGCGUCACCAUCCUCACGCUGGCCGCGGUCAGCCUGGAGCGCAUGGUGUGCAUCGUGCGCUUACAGCGCGGCGUGCGCGGUCCGGGGCCGCGGGCUCAGGCCGCGCUGCUGUCGUUCAUCUGGGGCUACUCGGCGCUCUCCGCCCUGCCCCUCUGCAUCUUCUUCCAAGUCGUCCCGCAGAGGUUUCCCGGCGCCGACCAGGAGAUCCCGAUUUGCACACUGGUUUGGCCCAGCAUUGCUGGAGAGAUUUCGUGGGAUGUGUCUUUUGUCUCUCUGAACUUCCUGGUGCCGGGGCUGCUCAUUGUGAUCAGUUACUCCAAAAUUUUACAGAUCACGAAGGCAUCACGGAAGAGGCUCACCAUGAGCCUGGCAUACUCAGAGAGCCAUCAGCUCCGCGUGUCACAGCAAGACUUCCGGCUCUUCCGCACCCUCUUCUUGCUCAUGAUCUCCUUCUUCAUCAUGUGGAGCCCUAUCAUCAUCACCAUCCUCCUCAUCUUGAUCCAGAGCUUCAGGCAAGACCUGGUCAUCUGGCCGUCCCUUUUUUUCUGGGUGAUGGCCUUCACAUUUGCCAACUCAGCCCUAAAUCCCAUCCUCUACAACAUGUCGCUGUUUAGGAACGAAUGGAGGAAAAUUUUUUGCUGCUUCAUGCUCCCAGAAAAGGGAGCCAUUUUUACAGACACGUCUGUCAGAAGAAAUGAUCUAUCUGUUAUUUCCAGCUAGUUAAGAUUUUCUCUAGGCAGAUUCUCUCUGGUGAGUCACAGUGUGUAUUUAAAAGGAAUUAAUUUCCACAACCAUCUACCCUGCUUUAGGAAAAUCUAACCUAUGCAAAUACACAUCUAUGGCAUGGGAAAAUUAAGGGAUGAUGAUCCAGUACAAAAAUAUUUUUCUUUUAUAAAAGGGUCUAUUAGGGGUUCCUUUUAAAUAUGAUUUUUUCAGUGUUUGUAAUAUGAUUGAAGUUAAUAAAUUGUUACUUAUAACUGUUCAGCAGUCACAUCUCCUACAUAUAAAAGCCACACCUUAUGGUUUUAAAAUUGAGUCUUGAAUCAGAUUCAAGAUUCAGAUUUCUCCUUUAUUUUUAUUUUUUUAGAGACAAGG